AUGACCACGACCACAACAACCACUACAACUACCACAAUAACGACAACAACCACGACUACCACAACAACUACGACAACCACGACUCCCACGACCACAACGGCAACGACAACAACGACAACCACAACAACCACUACCACAACAACAACGACUACUACGACGACAACGACGACAACGACAACAACGACAACUACUACGACGACCACGACCACCACCACAACAACUACUACAACUACCACAACAACCACAACAACUACGACAACUAAAAAUCCUGCUUUGCCAGAUUGUGAUUGUGAUUCACCCAUUGAUCCAGCCGGCAAGACCGUUGGACCAUUCCCAGCACCUGGACCAACUGGACUCUGCAACCCCGUGAAUCAAGGCUUGACUUGUAUAGGAAACAAUGAACAACAAAUAGCUCGUUAUAAGCGUCUAGAUUCGAAUCAAAAGGCCCUGCUAGACACGGGAGAUUUCUGUAGCGGUGAUUACAACAACCAUUUUACAAUGUGUAAAUGUCAAACUCUUCGUGUCAGCAAGAAAAGUCUGAAUUUUGCGUUUUGUGAUGUAGGGUGUCUACUCACCAUUUGCUUCAUGUACUAUUGGUGCAGUGGAUCCGGUGAAGUGUGCGGCGUUUGGAUGAUUCGAUAUCAG